GCAAGGACCCCUCCCUUCCCUUCGCUUGAGGUUCUGUCGCCCGGCCGGCGGGGAGGCGCGCGCGCUGCGAAUGGAGCUGGUGGCUGGCAGCUACGAGCAGAUCCUUUUUGGGUUCACUGUACACCCGGACCCUAAGGCGAGUGGCGACCACGAGAAAUGGACUUCAGUGGCCGACUUCACUCACCACGCCCACACUGCCUCCUUGUCGGCAGUGGCUGUGAAUAGUCGUUUUGUAGUCACUGGCAGCAAAGAUGAAACAAUUCAUAUAUAUGACAUGAAAAAGAAGAUAGAGCACGGGGCCCUGGUACAUCACAACGGCACGAUAACUUGCCUGAAGUUCUACGGCAACAGGCACUUGGUCAGCGGAGCCGAGGACGGGCUCAUCUGUGUCUGGGAUGCGAAGAAGUGGGAGUGCUUAAAGUCCAUGAAAGCUCACAAAGGACGUGUGACCUUCCUCUCCAUUCACCCGUCUGGCAAGUUGGCCCUGUCUGUCGGCACAGAUAAGACACUGAGAACAUGGAAUCUUGUGGAGGGAAGAUCAGCUUUCAUCAAAAAUAUAAAACAAAAUGCUCACAUAGUGGAAUGGUCCCCGAGUGGGGAGAAAUACGUGGUUGUCGUCCUAAAUAAGAUCGAUGUCUACCAACUUCACACUGCGGCCAUUAGCGGCACCAUCACCAAUGAAAAGCGGGUUUCUUCGGUCACCUUUCUUUCAGACUCUGUCCUCGCAGUGGCUGGAGACGAAGAAGUGGUGAGGUUUUUUGACUGUGAAUCGCUGGUGUGCCUCUGUGAGUUUAAAGCGCAUGAGAACAGGGUGAAAGAUAUGUUCAGUUUUGAAAUCCCAGAGCAUCACGUUCUUGUCACAGCAUCGAGUGAUGGUUUCAUCAAAAUGUGGAAGCUUAAGCCCGAGAAGAGUGUUCCGCCAUCUUUACUCUGUGGAGUGAACACUAAGGCCAGGCUGACGUGUCUCGGAGUGUGGUUAGACAGAGAGGCAGACGCGAGAGAGAGCCUGCGUCCCACAGCAGAGCCUUCCCCUGUAAGUAAAGAAGAGCGGUCCAGGAUGAGCGAAAAGGACCCUGACGUGCAGGAGGUGGCAGCGUCAUUACCCAGGUUGCAGAAGUGUGGCUUAGCUGGUGACAGUGAGAAGCCAGCAAGAGGGAGCAGCCUCGUGUCAGGCAAGAGGAAGAAGGUGGAAAUGUUGGAAAAGAGGAAGAGAAAAAAGAAGAAAAUAUAACACACAGUGAAUCCCAGAUUUCUCCUCCUCCAAAGAAUUUUUAGACAGAAUUGUCAUUUUCAAGUAUUAUAUCUACAUUUUUUUUUUUCCUGAGCAAAAGCAAGGAAUUUUUUCUACUGGAGAAAAUGUAUAGCUUUUAAAGAAACCACUUUGAGGUGGGUUUUUGUUUUUAACUGAUAAAAUUAUUUUUGACAGAUGAAA